CUCAGGAGUUCUUCAAACAUGAGGGUUCUAGUACUACUGGCCUGCUUGGCCGCGGCGUCAGCCUCAGCGAUUAGUGGUGGCUACGGGACGAUGGUCUUCACCAAGGAACCAAUGGUAAACCUUGACAUGAAGAUGAAGGAGCUUUGCAUCAUGAAGCUGCUUGACCAUAUCCUCCAGCCGACCAUGUUUGAGGACAUCAAGGAGAUCGCCAAGGAGUAUAACAUCGAGAAAAGUUGCGACAAGUACAUGAAUGUCGAUGUCGUUAAGCAGUUCAUGGAGAUGUAUAAGAUGGGCAUGCUCCCGCGUGGAGAGACCUUCGUCCACACCAACGAGCUCCAAAUGGAAGAAGCCGUCAAAGUCUUCCGAGUCCUCUACUACGCUAAGGACUUCGAUGUUUUCAUGAGGACUGCGUGCUGGAUGAGAGAAAGGAUCAACGGAGGCAUGUUCGUCUACGCUUUUACUGCCGCGUGCUUCCACAGAACCGACUGCAAGGGUCUCUACCUGCCCGCUCCUUACGAGAUCUAUCCCUACUUCUUCGUUGACAGCCAUGUCAUCAGUAAAGCCUUUAUGAUGAAGAUGACUAAAGCCGCCAAGGACCCGGUCCUCUGGAAAUACUACGGCAUCACGGUUACUGACGACAAUUUGGUAGUGAUUGACUGGCGUAAGGGAGUCCGCCGCUCUUUAUCCCAAAACGAUGUUAUGUCCUAUUUCAUGGAGGACGUCGACCUUAACACCUACAUGUACUACCUCCACAUGAACUAUCCGUUCUGGAUGACCGACGACGCAUACGGCAUAAACAAGGAGCGUCGUGGCGAGAUCAUGAUGUACGCCAACCAGCAACUCCUAGCUAGAAUGAGACUGGAACGUCUGAGCCACAAGAUGUGUGACGUUAAGCCUAUGAUGUGGAACGAGCCCCUAGAGACCGGUUACUGGCCUAAAAUCCGUCUUCCCAGCGGUGAUGAAAUGCCCGUCCGCCAGAACAACAUGGUCGUUGCCACGAAAGAUAACCUCAAGAUGAAGCAGAUGAUGGAUGAUGUUGAAAUGAUGAUCCGAGAGGGUAUCCUUACUGGAAAGAUCGAGCGUCGUGACGGCACUGUUAUAAGCCUGAAGAAGUCUGAGGACAUUGAAAACCUCGCCCGUCUGGUCCUCGGUGGCCUAGAAAUUGUUGGCGACGAUGCUAAAGUUAUCCACUUGACCAACUUGAUGAAGAAAAUGCUGAGCUAUGGCCAAUACAACAUGGACAAGUACACCUACGUGCCGACUUCCUUGGACAUGUACACUACCUGUCUCCGCGAUCCUGUCUUCUGGAUGAUCAUGAAACGAGUUUGCAACAUCUUCACCGUUUUCAAGAACAUGCUCCCGAAAUAUACUCGCGAACAGUUCAGCUUCCCCGGAGUCAAAGUGGAGAAAAUUACCACCGAUGAGCUGGUCACAUUCGUUGAUGAGUACGACAUGGACAUUAGCAACGCUAUGUACCUGGACGCAACUGAGAUGCAGAACAAGACAUCCGAUAUGACCUUUAUGGCCCGCAUGCGCCGCCUCAAUCACCAUCCGUUCCAGGUGUCGAUUGAUGUCAUGUCCGACAAAACUGUCGAUGCUGUGGUCCGCAUCUUCCUGGGUCCCAAGUACGACUGCAUGGGCAGGCUCAUGAGCGUCAACGACAAACGCCUCGACAUGUUCGAGCUGGACAGCUUUAUGUACAAACUGGUCAACGGAAAGAACACCAUCGUCCGUAGCUCCAUGGAUAUGCAAGGAUUUAUCCCAGAGUACCUUUCGACUCGUCGUGUAAUGGAAAGCGAAAUGAUGCCUUCCGGAGAUGGCCAGACAAUGGUCAAGGACUGGUGGUGCAAGUCUCGCAACGGAUUCCCUCAGAGACUUAUGCUGCCCCUCGGUACGAUUGGAGGUUUGGAGAUGCAGAUGUACGUCAUCGUGUCGCCGGUCCGCACCGGUAUGCUCUUGCCCACAUUGGACAUGACCAUGAUGAAGGACCGUUGUGCUUGUCGCUGGAGCUCAUGUAUCUCCACCAUGCCUCUCGGAUAUCCAUUUGACAGACCGAUUGACAUGGCGAGCUUCUUCACUAACAACAUGAAGUUCGCUGACGUAAUGAUCUACAGAAAAGACCUCGGCAUGUCGAACACCAGCAAGACCGUGGACACCUCGGAGAUGGUCAUGAUGAAGGACGAUCUCACCUACCUGGACUCGGACAUGCUGGUCAAGAGGACUUACAAAGACGUCAUGAUGAUGAGCAGCAUGAUGAACUGAUCACACGACAUUGUACCUAACCUAAACCAGAAAAUUAUUGAAUAAAACAUUCAUUUGCU